UACUAGUUAAUAUGACUUAUCAGUGUCUGCAGUUUUUUUUAUGUAGAGGAAAAAGCCACAAUAUAAAAUGAGACUGUCUUUGGCAUUGCCUUCAUGGGGUAAUUUCUCCUUGCUUGUGAGUCAAAGAUGUUAGAUGUGUGGGCAGUGACAGAGAUGGGAACCUGCAGCAGGCAUCCAUGAAGCAUUGCAUAGUACAGGAAAAGAAAGAAAGAGAUAGGAGAGCACAGAAAACAGAAUCAUGCAGAGAUAUUCCCACCAAGAGCAGAGAAGCAGGAGCGAUUAAUAGAAGAAGCAUUUUAAACGUAGAGAUUUCAGGAAAUUUUGAGAGGAAAGAAUAGAGUUCAAUAUGUAUUCUUCUGGCAAAAAUGUUGAGUAAUUAUUGUAUAUUACAUUUUGCUAAAUGCCAAGGAAUAGAUCAACUUGAGGAGUUGGAGAAACCUUAGGAAUGAGGUCACUUUCGAUGCAGGCUCCCAUGGAGUCAGGUGCAGCCCAACAGGACACUGUUUGGGCUAAUUGAAAAAAGUGUAAUAUAUGACCUGAUUCUGUUGAUUAAAAUAAGAUUGAUCUCUUCUACUAUGAGAAAUUCUCAGUUUUCACUGUUUUCACCUUUCUCUUUAGAUCUACUGGAGGCAAACAAUGAAAAACAGGACCAUGCUUUCCGAGUUUAUUCUGUUGGGGCUCACGAAUCAGCCUGAACUCCAGGUAGUGAUAUUCAUCUUUCUGUUCCUCACUUACAUGCUAAGCAUCCUGGGAAAUCUGGCUAUUAUCACCCUCACCCUUCUAGACCCCCACCUCCAGACCCCCAUGUAUUUCUUCCUCCGGAAUUUCUCCUUCUUAGAAAUUUCCUUCACAUCCAUUUUUAUUCCCAGAUUUCUGACCAGUAUGACAACAGGUAAUAAAGUCAUCAGCUUUUCUGGAUGCUUGACUCAGUAUUUUUUUGCUAUAUUUCUCGGGGCAACUGAAUUCUACCUGCUGGCAUCCAUGUCCUAUGACCGCUAUGUGGCCAUCUGCAAACCCCUGCAUUACCUGACCAUCAUGAGCAGCAGAGUCUGCAUACAACUCGUGUUCUGCUCCUGGCUGGGGGGGUUCCUAGCCAUAUUACCACCCAUCAUCCUGAUGAGCCAGGUAGAUUUCUGUGCCUCCAACGUGCUGAACCACUAUUACUGUGACUAUGGGCCCCUCAUGGAGCUCGCCUGCUCAGACACCAGCCUCUUAGAACUGCUGGUCAUCCUGUUGGCUGUUGUGACUCUGGUGCUUACGCUGGUGCUCGUGACGCUUUCUUACACACACAUCAUCAGGACCAUUCUGAGGCUCCCGUCUGCCCAGCAAAGGACAAAGGCAUUUUCCACCUGCUCCUCCCAUAUGAUUGUCAUCUCCCUCUCUUAUGGCAGCUGCAUGUUUAUGUACAUUAACCCCUCUGCAAAAGAAGGGGGUGCUUUCAACAAAGGAAUAGCUGUCCUCAUUACCUCCGUUACCCCCUUGUUGAACCCUUUCAUUUAUACGCUAAGAAAUCAGCAAGUAAAGCAAGCCUUCAAGGACACUGUCAAAAAGAUGGUGAAGUUUUAA